CAUUAGAACCGAUAAUUCAACGGCACUGGUGCUGUUCGUCAAGUGGGAAAGUUGAAAAUUUAAUAUAAUCGAGUGUGCGAUCAAAAUGGCGGGUUUACUGUUCGCCAUUUCUAUUCUGUUGGCAACAGGUGGCCAGUGUCGAGGGGAAGAUGAGUCCCCUAUCGUUCAGACGAAAUCGGGGCCGGUUCAGGGGUCUGUAUGGAAAACACCAUGGCAUAAUGUCAAGUAUUUUUCGUUCAGGGGAGUUCCAUACGCUCAGCCACCGAUUGGAGACCUCAGGUUCAAGCCGCCCGUCCCAAUUGAUCCAUGGACGAAUGUACUGGACGCUCGCAAAGAGCGCAGCGUUUGUCCACAAUUAAGUGGCGAUUCGUACGUAGGAAACGAAGAUUGUCUCUACCUGAAUGUACACACUCCCGUGACAAAGUUCGACGAUUCGAUGCCUAAGUUAGCUACCAUGGUGUGGAUUUACGGUGGUUCCUUUAUCCAUGGAUCCGGGGACGCGUCGACAUACGGACCUGACUUCUUUAUGGAGCAAAAUGUCGUCGUUGUCACCUUGAACUAUCGUCUUGGUGCUUUAGGAUUUUUGCACCUGAACCACCCGAACGCAAUGGGGAACGCAGGUCUGCUGGAUCAGAAUCUGGCCCUGAAAUGGGUAAAGGACAACAUUGCUGCUUUCGGUGGUGAUCCAGCCAACGUGACGAUAUUCGGGCAGAGUGCUGGAUCCUCGUCCGUGGUCCUUCACCACCUGUCCGAGUUAUCAAGCGACUUGUUCACUCGAUCCAUCAGUCAAAGCGGAACACCACUGGUAUUCAUGUACCGCAAUCCAUCCAAUUCUGUUCGGAACGCUCGUCGGUUAGCCUCUAUUCUUAAUUUCGAUAAUUCCAACACCGAUCAACUGUUGCAAUCUUACCUUCGAGCGAACGCUGAAGAUCUCGUUAGGGGGACAGAAAAGAUUAGCCUGAUCCCGUCAUCGGUGUCGUUGCCGUUUAGUCCCACCAUAGACGGCGUUUUCCUCACCGAAUGCCCCAUAACACUGUUCAUGACGGGCAAGUUCAAGAAGUGCGACAAGAUGUUGGGCUUCACUUACGAUGAACUGAUUUCGUUCUCAGACUCCAUCAAUAACGAAGUGACUAACUCAGCGCUGAAUAACGAUAUGGUCAAACGUAUCCUUGGGGAAACUGUUGGAACUGUAUCGAACCUAACUAUGAGCAGUGGUGUUGAUUUCACUCAAAAAUUUUUCGCGAAAUACAGCGAUGAACAUCCCGUUUACUUUUACUUACUGUCGUACGCGGAUUUCCCGAAAAAGGAUUUGGACAGACUUCCACCGCAAGAGACCGGCCAUGGUGAUGACCUUGCUCUAUUAUUCAACACUGAUAUUCUGGGUAGCGCGCCUAAUCCAGAUGAUGCUUUCAACGUUAUGCGACGAAAGAUGGUCACAUUGUGGGCAAACUUCGCGAAAUACGGAGAUCCUACGCCUCCAUUCAAUAACCCAGUCGAGGUUGCUUGGGAACCGUCUGGAAGGGCGGGACGACAGCUCGAAAUUAACUCGACUUGCAAAAUGAUUGACCGUGCCAUGCUGUCGCACGUUAUUUCUUCUGAGUCCGUUCUGUACUCGAUUCUACCAAUUACCAGCGGCUGCAAACAGGUUUCCUAUGCAACGCCAUACACCGACCUCAUCUAGAAUUGAAUCUCUUGUAGAAUUAACGCUACAGACCCGGCUAGAUAUGGGAAGAUCGAAGUAUACAUAUCUGAAUUUCUCUGAAUAUGUAAUAAUGAUACAAAUCUGUUGUUGGAUCCACUAAUAAUAAUACGAGCAAUAAUAAUGUA